AGUUCGGCGCACACCCCACGGCUCCCGCCCAAGUUCCUAAAAAAGAAAGGUGCAGAGUUGGGUCCAGAUAGAGAAUGAAUGAUCAAAGCCAAGCGGGUACUUCCUGUCGCCCGGACGCUAUAUAUAACGUGAUGAGUGCACGGGCUGCGGAGACGCACAGGAGCGCUCGCCCAGCCGCCGCCGCCGCCCAGCGCCUGAGGCUUCCCGGGGACCGCAAUGAACCAGCUGCUGUGCUGCGCCCUCGUGUUCCUGGACAUCUCCAUUAAAUGGACCACCCAGGAAACGUUUCCUCCAAAGUACCUUCACUAUGACCCAGAAACCUCGCGUCAGCUGAUGUGUGACAAAUGUCCUCCGGGCACCUUCCUAAAACAGCACUGUACAGCCAGGCGGAAGACCGUGUGCGCCCCUUGUCCCAACCACUACUACACAGACAAGUGGCACACCAGUGAUGAGUGUCUGUACUGCAUCCCAGUGUGCAAGGAGCUGCAGUACGUCAAGCAGGAGUGCAGUCGCACCCACAACCGCGUGUGCGAGUGCGAGGAAGGGCGCUACCUCGAGGUUGAGUUCUGCCUGAAGCACAGAAGCUGUCCCCCCGGGUUUGGGGUGCUCCACGCCGGAACCCCGGAGCGAAAUACAGUUUGCAAGAGAUGUGCAGAUGGGUUCUUCUCGAAUGAGACAUCAUCUAAAGCACCCUGUAGAAAACACACAAACUGCAGUGCAUUUGGGCUCCUUCUAACUCAGAAAGGAAACGCAACUCAUGACAAUGUGUGUUCUGGAAACAGUGAAUCGCCUCAAAAAUGUGCAAUAGAUGUCACCCUGUGCGAGGAGGCAUUCUUCAGGUUUGCUGUUCCUACGAAAUUCACCCCUAAUUGGCUAAACAUCCUGGUGGACAAUUUGCCAGGCACCAGGGUAAACGCAGAGGCCAUGGAGAGAAUAAAGCGGCAACACAGUUCACAAGAACAAACCUUCCAGCUACUGAAGUUAUGGAAACAUCAAAACAAAGAUCAAGAUAUAGUCAAGAAGAUCUUCCAAGAUAUCGACCUAUGUGAAAACAGCGUACAGCGGCACAUUGGACACACAAACCUUACCUUCGAGCAGCUUCGCAGCUUGAUGGAAAGCUUGCCGGGGAAGAAAGUCACCACAGAAGACAUUGAGAAAACUGUGAAGGUAUGCAAAUCAAGUGAACAGAUUCUGAAGCUGCUCAGCCUGUGGAGAAUAAAAAAUGGCGACCAAGACACUCUUAAGGCCCUGAUGCAUGCCCUGAAGCACUUGAAAACAUACCACUUCCCCAAAACCGUCACUCAGAGCCUGAAGAAGACCAUCAGGUUCCUUCACAGCUUCACCAUGUACAGAUUAUAUCAGAAGCUAUUUUUGGAAAUGAUAGGGAACCAGGUCCAGUCAGUAAAAAUAAGCUGCUUAUAACCGGAAAUGGUCACUGGGCUAUUUCCUCACAAUAGACGGGAUCCAAUGAAUGAGUAAACUGUUUCUCAGGCACUUGACGGGGAUACAAUGAUUUCUUUCUCAUCACCAAGGACUAGAUUUGGCCACAGGGCACAAAAAGAAACAAUGGUGUGGAAAAAGAACUAACAUCUCCUCCAAAAGUUCAAUUAACCCCAUAUGGUUUAUCUAACUGAUAGAUCU